UACAGUUUUUGCACCUUAGAAAGAUGAAAAAUUAUAGCUUAAUAAUAGAUUACUGCGAACACUCUUUUUAUUGCAGCGCCCGAGUGUGGUUUUGUCCAGGAUUUUCCCGUCUCCAUAUUUGUUUGUAAACAAAUCCUUGAAAAACAACUUUCGAUUUGCUCAGUUUAGUUUUUUUCGAAGAAAUCCUCAGUCUUGGAAAAUAAUAACAUCUCCUUAAAUAUAAAUCAAUGGUUAAAAAUCAAUUAAUUAUAACACAUCUUCGUCUUCCCACUACAACGUGCACUUGAGAAGUACUUACAUCAUACUUCAAAAUGUCGGAAGUUGUUCGCGAUUCAUCGGAGAGAUCGUCCACUCGAUCAUCCUCGUCGACUGUGCCAUCCUCGUCGACUGUGGUGGAUGAUAACGCAAACACCAAACGCGAAUCCUCUAAGCGACAGUCCUCCAGACGUGAGCCUGCUGGCGUCGAGUCCCCUCAUGGGUCCAUGCACGUAGCUGUUGAGCACCCUGAUGCAGCGAUGCCUUCUCUUACGGCUAGGAGCAGUUGUACUUGAAAAUGUAAGUAGUCCCCUUGAUUUUGGAAGUGGUCCUCUCUACAUUCUGACUCCAUUAUAGAAAUACUGACUUUGAAAAGUCCUAGGUAAGUCUCAUCAUUAAUAAAGAUUCUUGAGAAGGAGCAAAAUUGUCUCCUGAGGGCGCAGAGCAUCGCAUAGUCUAGACUUCUUGGAAUGGAAAGUUCUUUGUCCUCCUUUUGUUUUUUAGGGAAACAAGAACCAACUCGUCAAAGAUGCUUUGCCUUCAAAAUGAACCAAUUAUAGAGUAGUUAUCGAAGUUGUCUCUACUGCGGUGGAUACGAACGGCCAUAUUAUUAAUAUCGCUCAGGGGCAUUCCUAUGAAGACAUCAUAGUUAUUGACCAAGAAGAACCCGGCUCUUCUCUCACGCUUACCAGUUAUUGACCAAGCCCAAUCUCUAACUCUCCCACUGGAGCUAAGCUUGAUGUCCCAGCUUCUGAGCAAUCGAAUAUGUCUAUGGGUUUUUCCAACGCGUCGAUGCAGUCCAUGAUUAAGACUCAAUGCAAUCAUAAUUCAUUUCUACAAGUCAUUUCUUGCUGUUUCUUUCUCAGAAAUUGCAAUUAUUCAUUUCUACAAGUCCUUUCUUGCUGUUUCUUUCCCAGAAUCAAUUGCAAGAAAUGUUAAUGUACGCAAGAAAUCAAUUGUUUUGCGCUCUAACAUGAAAGCCUCUGGCGUACGCGGUAAGGCCGAUAAUGGGAUAACGGACGGCGUCAAAGACUGCGGAACUGGAUGCUACCUGUGUUACAAGGAAGAUGCACUUGGUAUGAACAGAGUUGCUUUCAUCUUUCCGUCUAGGUCUACAUGUGUCGACCAGCGCUCAUGUAGUCCUCGUGUACUAAAAUAACCUUUACCUCAAUAUUUACCACUUCUCAGGUACCGUGUACAUGCAUUGGGCCCAUAAUACGCCCGUUAACGCUAUUUUGUGGAUGGGCUACGGCUUAGCCGAGGGGGAAGAAGCACCAGGGAAGGUUGCGGGGUUCAAAUUCACGCAGAAUGGAGGCCGGACCGAAAUGGGGAAGAACGCCAACAACAAAGGAACCUACUACAAGCAUAUAGUUAUGAGAAAAUUGAUGCUGAUAUUUUAAAGUAAAUUUUAGACCAAGAGUGUGGUAAAAGUAAAAACUGAUGGUGAUGGUGGCCAUCUACUAAACUUCUAAGCAACAUUCAUUUUCAGUAGGUGAGAGAGAUGAAGUAUUGUUGUAAUGGCACCGUGUUGUACGGAAACUGAUUUUCAACGUGGUUACUCACUCCUACCUUGCAGUCCUUUCAAGCCCCCGCCCAACAUACUCUAACCUCUCCGGAUAUAUCAGCACGCUGAAAAAGUCACCCUUCAAGUUCAACAAGAUCACCAUUCUGCAGCACGUCGAGCAGAUGCCGGUAUUUCUACUUUUCUGAGGACUUGUUUUUCUAAUGAGUCACAUACUGACAGUUUAGGCUAGGCUGAGUGCAGAAAUUUCGAAAUUUAGAGUAUCAGUUUUGAAUUUGAAGUUUCCAACUUGAUAAAAUUUCGAUUUUAUCUUCUUUUUAAUGGAUUAUUUCCUGGUGAGCUACAUGUAAGAGUACACAGGUUAGCAUGGGUGCAGAAAUUUCGAAAUUUAGAGUGUUGAUUUUGACUUUGAAGUUCACAAAUCCAUAAAAUUUUGAUUUUAUCUCCUUUCUAAUGAAUUCAUUUCCUAGUGAGCUACAUGUAAGUACACAGGUUAGUCUGAGGGCAAAAAAUUCAAAAUUUAGAGUGUCAUUUUUGAAUUCGAAGUUCAGAAAUCCAUAAAUUUUUUAUUUUAUCUCCUUUUUAAUGAAUUCAUUUCCUGACGAGCUAUGUGGAUGGAAUAACCGCAUAAUCGAUUAAUUUUUCUUACGUCUAAUGAAUUACUGGCCUAUCCUCAUCAAACCACGAUAGCCUCCCAAACAAUCUGUUUCUCUGCACCGCCCUCUUUCCUCCUCCCUUGAAAAAUAAAGCGAUUGCCUCAUCUUCCGUGCCCUAGGAUUCAAAUCACCCACCCAACAUCAAAACUCUUCCUCCCACCUCCAAUAUACAGAUUCAAAUCACGCACCUAACAUCAAAACUCUUCCUCCCACCUCCAAUAUACAGAUUCAAAUCGUUUUCCUGAAGAAGUCGAGUUCUGGUGCUCAACAAGUCUUUCACAUGCGUGAGGCGGGCAAGUCCAUCGUCUACGAGAGUGAAAAGAUCCUGGCUAUCGGCGUGGUGGCCUACAACAAUACAGAUUUCGAAGUUCAGACCAUGGAUGACAAGGUCUUUCGGACCCAGUGCAACGCUGUGGGAGCGGUGACGAACAACUAAGGAGAAUGUAAUCGUAAUGCUGUCGUGUGGUUCGGAGUGGUGACGAACAGCUAGGACAAACGUUAACGUCGUUUGUUGCAGUGGUUGGUCGUGAGCGACUAGGAAAUGCAGCCACGCUCUAUUCGAGGUGAUGAACAACUAGUUACUCGCAAUCUGCAACAGGUAGACACAGCGACGAGAACAAAUGUAUACGUUGUAGAAGUUUCCUAGCUCGUGUUUACAUCAAAGAAGAAGAUGAAUUCAAAGAAAUUCCUGGACGACACGACUAAAUUGUUUUUUCGGCUUUAUCGCAUUGAUCAAUGAUUUUUUAUUGGGAAAAAUCAAUGUACAACUUGAAUAUUGGCAAAUACUGAAAGACCUCUACUGUACUCUCAUUAAUGGGACACCAAGUACGGAUGACGAUGUUGAGUUUUUAUCCGACGUAUAAUUAAUAUAUUACUGAUGCUAUUCAAACAGAUGGUGAUAGUCUAUUGUCUCUAACAAUAUUUAAACCAAAACAACUAGCGAUUGGGUCUAAAACUGAUAACAUUUAAUGAUUGAGAUACCUGAACAACUUACUGCAACAUCUUCACCACGCAAGGGGAAUUAUCACACCAACAGCAACAGACUUUCCUCGUAGAAAUGAUUUCCAAUAUCAACAAACUAACAUGUUUUUUUUCGCAUUAAGAAUUAGAUAGAUUCUUUCUUUAGGGAUCAUUUAUGGAAGAGAACGCGAAUCUACAGAUCUCUUGCUUACCUACAACUUCGAUUCUUCGACUGAACCAAUCUGACGAAAUAAAGUAUGAUGUAGUGCAAGAACAACGCUAAGGGUAUUUCGUUUUCUUGAUGAUGUGAUCUGGAAAAACGUACUGUGCCUGCUGCUAGAGGUGCAAGUGUAGAAACGUGGUCCAUGGUCGCUUGG